CCCCCUUGCAUGUUCAACACAGUACAAUAUGCUGGUGCACAUUAUUAAGGAAUUAUUCUAUAUCCCCUAUUGAUUUCCUACUUCAAGCACCUUUCAUCUCCACCCCUUUGACAGUAUGUUGAGCUGCAACAGACCUUGCUCGUCAUCUUGUCUACUCGUAAGAGCACAUUUUGCUGAUGCGGUAAUGUCUGGAAAUGGCAGGGGUUCGCUUAUUGCCCCUUAAUGUAUCUUCCCCCUGAGUUGCAGCAUUAGAGUUCCUCAUGCAGUGGGCUAUAAGCCAUUCUCGCCGCACUUGCCGCUGCACUACCAAGACUGGACGUUGCGGCUUCAGCAUUCUUUUACAUUGCAGCGCCCUGCCUUGGUCAAUGUGACUUUUUAUGCGCGUUGAGAGAUGCAAAGAGUGAGAUUUAAGUGUUUUUGAGAUUUCAUUUAUUUUAGUUUCGGAAAAAUAACACGCGUAAGGACACGAACAUGCCAUGAACUUCAACCAGGAUUACAGGCACACAAAUGAAGCCCGACUUCGAAGAGAUGUAAAGUGUUCAUGUACCCUAUAGAUACACAUAAACAGGAGAAAGGGUGCAUCAGCGUUGGAUGAGUGCACCAACGGACGCAUUCCAGCAGUAUCCCUAAGGAUCAAACGGAGAGCUCCUCCCACGCCGACCUGCAGGAUGACCGUAGUGCCCGGAGACAACAUGGAUGAGACCUCAGCAGUGCCGGGGCACCCUCAGGACACCUACCCCCCGGACCACGAUGACCACGAAUGCUGCGAGAGGGUAGUCAUCAACAUAGCGGGGCUGCGCUUCGAGACCCAGCUGAAAACUCUUUCACAGUUUCCCGAGACGCUGUUAGGUAAUCCCAAGAAGAGGAUGCGCUACUUUGAUCCCCUGAGAAAUGAAUACUUCUUCGACAGGAACCGUCCUAGUUUCGACGCAAUACUCUACUACUAUCAGUCUGGAGGCAGGCUGCGGAGGCCGGUGAACGUACCCUUGGAUAUGUUCUCAGAGGAAAUUAAGUUUUACGAACUGGGGGUAGAUGCAAUGGAGAAAUUUCGCGAGGAUGAGGGCUUUAUACGGGAGGAGGAGCGCCCUUUGCCAGAGAAGGAGUUUCAGCGACAGAUCUGGCUACUUUUUGAGCACCCGGAGAGCUCUGGACCUGCUAGGGGGAUUGCUAUUGUGUCUGUGAUGGUCAUUUUGAUCUCCAUCGUCAUAUUCUGUUUGGAGACUUUACCUGAACUGAAAGAAGACCCAAGAGGUCGUUAUGAGACUGUAGGGAACAUCACUUUCUAUUACAAGCCAAACAUCUUGACCGACCCGUUCUUCAUUGUGGAGACUUUGUGCAUCAUAUGGUUCUCGUUUGAACUGAUAGUGCGCUUCUUUGCCUGUCCGAGCAAGGCGGCUUUCUUCAAGAAUAUGAUGAACACUAUUGACAUAGUGGCCAUCAUACCAUACUUCAUCACACUGGGCACAGAGCUGGCCGAUGAUGGAAAGGGGGGAGAGGAUGGAAUGGGAGAGCAAGCAACAUCGUUGGCCAUUCUCAGGGUGAUACGUCUGGUGAGAGUGUUUAGGAUCUUCAAGCUGUCAAGGCAUUCGAAAGGACUGCAGAUCUUAGGACAAACCCUUAAAGCCAGUAUGAGGGAGCUUGGAUUGCUCAUCUUCUUCCUGUUCAUCGGCGUCAUCCUCUUCUCCAGCGCAGUGUACUUUGCGGAGGCCGAGGAAGCGGAAUCACACUUCACCAGCAUCCCAGACGCCUUCUGGUGGGCCGUAGUUUCAAUGACUACAGUCGGCUAUGGUGACAUGGUUCCAGUCACCAUAGGUGGCAAGAUCGUCGGCUCCCUAUGCGCCAUUGCAGGUGUGCUGACAAUUGCGCUUCCGGUACCUGUCAUCGUGUCUAACUUCAAUUACUUCUACCACAGGGAAACCGAGGGAGAGGAGCAGGCCCAACUGCUCAACGUUAGCAAUCCAAACAUCGCCUCUGACACCUCCAGUCGCCGCAGCUCCUCGACCGUAAGCAAAUCAGAGUACAUGGAAAUUGACGGCGACAUAAACAACAGUAUCGACAAUUUUAGGGAAGCCAACCUGAGAACUGGCAACUGCACUAUAACUAAUCAAAACUGUGUGAACAACACCAAGCUGCUAUCCGAUGUUUAGACGAAAGCAGGGACUUGAGAGACUGGUGAUCAUACUAAUCACAUGAAUGCUUAAUUUACCUCCUUAGAGAGCCCUUGCAAUGCGACUUCUAUACUCCGCAAAAGAAAGAGAGAAAAAAAACACAAAGAGAAAAGAAUCAAGCUGUUAGAUAUUCGAAAGAUAGUAGCUGUUAUUAAUUUCCAAAAGGAAUACUUCCAGUACAUGAAAAAAAAAAAAAACAUGUAACACACACAAGCUCGCACCAACAGGCAAAAAUAGUCUGGCGAGAACCCUUGGUGGCUGUCCUAACCGGCAUCCAAGUAGGGAUUUUUAAAAUGAUAUGCAUGGAAUACAGAUACCAUUUCAGUAACUUGCACAGUGCAUCCUAGAGCAAAUGCAUCAAAAUUACCCUGUCCUGCAGAGAAAGAAGCGCAAAACUCGGCAGGGUCUGAUCGACGACUUCCGGAUAGGUGGUCUCCUUACUGUUAAGGAUAUACUGACCAGCAAAGCACCUUAUACAGACGUGACUGAAUACCUGCUGGGAUGCUACAGAGGACCAAGUCCUCGACCCGUGAACAUCCGCAAUACUGCUAUUUUUCAGCAGAUGCUGUAUUUAAGAUAUCACCAAGUGAUUCAAUGCCAUGCCCUUUAGAUGCAAGACAGCACAAUGACAAAAGGAGCUUCAUAUUAGCAUGUUCAGAUUCUUAUCAUUUUGAUAAUGGCAUGCUUGGGACAUUAUCUCAUUCAACAGCGCCUUUUUUUCUUUUUGGACCUUUCUUCCACCUUCCCUACCAUCUACUUCCAUGGAAAGUGCACUGGAUCGUUAUGAUUUGAAAUGCUUAUCAUUCAUGAGUAUUUAAGGACUGAAUGUUAAACCUUAAGGGAACAGUAACUCAAUGAGAUCAUAGCAUGUUAGAAAAUAACCUGCAUUAUGGCCUAUUCGAACUAAGGUACUAUGUAUCCUAGUAUAUUUAAUGCAUGACAUCAAUAUUAUACAGCUUGUUGCAAUGUAUGCAUCUCUUAUAGGUGCCCAUGUUACUGUCAGGGAAAUAGGGACACGGAAUCCUACAUUUUCUGAAAUGUGACAAAAAUAUAUGCAAGCCCAUCUCGGGGAUGCAGACUUCCUAAUUUAAAAAGUAGUCAAUGAAGCUGAGGAAAAUAUUAUCAAAAAUGCAUAUACUCAUACUAAGCACCUGUUAAAAUCAGUAUAACGUCAAUAAUGCCGUGCAUGGGCCUACUCUCAACAAGUUAAACGAAAUGUAAAUAUAAUUCAUGCUUUCAAUUUUUGCAGUCAAAUUUAGGCCACUGUGAUGUUCAAAGUAUCUAAAUUACUUGAUUUAUUUAAAUGUCAGGAAACACUGCAAAGAGAACAAGUCAGAAUUAUGAACAUAGGUUGCUAGUGCCUUUGAGCCUCUCAACGACUGGAUAAGUGAAAGUGCCUCAGUGUAAGACUGAUUGACAUCAAGACAAAAGUGCUACACAGUGCAGUUUAGGUUGAUGCACUAAUGGAAGUUGAACAGUUCAGUCACAAUACUAACAUUCUGCCUCCUUUAUAAAGCUUUCACACAAGUGCGAGUUUUACCUCGGGGAAGUGAAACUUUAGCGCUGAGUUGUAAAUAUAUUAAACAACGUGGAGUAGCUACUUUGAAUAGCCAUGAUGGACAGUUAACGAUAUUUCAGGUGUUAUCCUCAUACUUGUCUGUGAAAAGGGCGGCACAUGUUCCGUAGAGUUGAAUCGUCUCGAGGGUCGGGUGAGUGCAUUCCGAGUUGAAAAGGUGUUAAACAUGGCACAUGGCUGUCACGCACAACUUGACCUUUUCAUGUCGUCAUGCACCUGAACUUUGUCCAAGGAGCUAAAUCAGAUUAGGUCUCACUGAUUGAGGUAAUGGCGGGGUGGGGAGAUCCCAUGGGGUUUGAAUCUGCCUUGUGGAUAAAGUACCUUUUCCGUAGUUUUUCUGUUUCCUGUGCCAUAAGGAGUCUACCUCAGUGAGGUUAGUGCAGAGCUUACUGCAGCGCUUGACUAUGCUCACCAUCUUACUUUACUUACUACAUCCAUGUGCAAAUGGCCAGCCAUGUACUGUAUUCAAAUAGAACCCCCACACCUUCCCAACGGACAGUUCUAGAAGCUCCAAGAGUGAUUUACAUGCCUACUACCCCUUCCCCUUAAUGACCCUUGCCCUUUCAGCUGCGUACAAUCAAAAGCAUUGCUUUGCUCUAGUGUUACUUUUGUUGUUUUGAAUUUACUCCGAUCAGUGCUAUUAUCCUCACUUGAUUUGACAUCAGCUGGCUUCCACCUAUCAGACACAUAACUGGAGACACAGGAAAAAGCAGGGGCAUGUAUGUCAAGACAGACCAUACAGUCAGAGGCACACAUUCUCUCUUAACAGCGGUAUGGUCCAUUUCAGAUACACUAAGAUUCUGCACAUGUUUGUUUUCUGUGUUUGAUUUUAUAGUGCCUGCCAGGAAUGUUUAUUGUUGUCUUACCCGUGAAAGCUUGGAUGAAAUUUGGUACAUAAGGCCAAAUACCUAGUCUGAACACCCGCGCUUAAACAUGAACGUUGAAGUUACUUCUGAUACUGAAAGGGCUGAAGAAGGCAGACUGUUUUUAUGCAUUUUUUUAUUUUCUAAAACAUGACAGACUUAUGAUUCCUACCAUUGCUUUUUUUGCAACACAGCAGUUUUUCUUUUGUAAAAUGUAAAAUGUCUGAAUGGAGAUUAAGAUAUCUCAAAGAUGUCCUAUGUAUUUCAACUGGGGUGAAUUCUCACAGACUAUAGUUUUUGCAGUGGUUGAGAGAAAACCUAAAUGACAAACUACUACUGAUCACUUAAAAGUGGUAGAUAGUGUGUUGGUGGAAUUGCAGGUUUAAGACAAAUUAUUUGUCUACUGUCAGCCAUCAUAACAUCAUCCGCUUGACUUGUUGCCUUUUUUGCUCUGUCCAAUAGCAUUGUAAUGCCAGUUAUGUCACGCUGGUCCAUGAAUGGCCCAUAAAAGUAGCCCUUGGUUGCCAGAGUACACCAACAGGGAAGGCUGGCAAUAGGCGAGGUAUGGUGCUGUAAAAUAAAACCAUCUGAAUGAUGCAUUCUGACAAACCAUCUAACAGCAAUAGAGACUACAUAUCCUUUAUUUGUGCUCCCCUACAGCAAAAUGAGAAAUAACGGUUCUCAAAAAUGUAAAAACAAUAGAUGUACUGCGAUGUUGGUAGACAUAGUUACGCCCACCCAUGAAGGGAUGUUUUUAAAGAUGACUGCAGAGAAUUCUUCCAUUGACAUCCUCAGAAUGUUGUUUUACUGAGCCGAAUCUCCCAAAGUUCUUUGGGUUUUCCGGUUUUGAAAAAAAAAAGAAGCUGUAGGUCAAUGAGGAACAAAUGAACCAAAGGAAAACCCUCUGAUACCCGCAGAACACAUACUCUACGUCUCUGUACCCUCCGUUUUGUGACUGUGUCGAGUGUGAUGUGUCAGAGACAGUGGAAAAGGAUGUUUAGAUUUUGUACAAAUCUUGGCAUUAAUAAGCCUUGCUGGGUCCAAAGACUGAUUCAGUUACAUGUGUGCUGACAUAACUAAUAUAAAUAACUUAAAAACCACAAAUACAAAAAAAAAAAAAAACGACUUUUGAGACAAUAGUGCUAUUUCAAACAGUCUGCUUACAAGUGAUUUUCCAUCAAAUAUAGCUUGCAGGUAGAGACACUUGUCAAUGCAUAUCCCAAGAAAAGAUGAAGUCAUGUACUCUAGAUGUGGCCUUCUGAGGACAUUACGAGAUUUAUUUUCUUUUUUGUUCACCUCUGUGGCCUCAUUUUUGCUAUUAUAUUUUAUUUUAAUGUCACUAUUAUCAAUAAUAUAUGUGCUUCAGACAACUCAUGUGAGUCUCGCAGAGAGUUCAUGUGAUAAGCAACGACUGUAAAAGAGAAAGCAAAUCACGAAUAAUAUUAUAAUAUAUUACAUUGAAUAAAGUUAAAAAAAAAAUGGCAUUAGUGUAACUGGUUAUUCUCUCUGCUUUAUUUAAAUGUCACCAAAGCUUCAUUGAAACAUCAGAAAUCAAAGAAAGACUUCAUCAUCCAACUAUCCUGUAAAGAUAACCGAUUCCAGAGCAACCUUACAGCACUGAUCGUAUGAACUGCAUGGUCAAUGGAAGAACUGCAUGAGCCUAGUCCUUCCAAAACUUAGGAUCAGCAUCGUUACGGUUGCAUCAUUUUAAAAGCCCUUGCUGUCAUCAGCACAUUUUUUUGUUCUCCAAACCAUUGUUAUCAUUUGACAUCUUCUCCGCUUUCUUUUCCAUGAAAAAAAAAUCUCUUAUCCGCAGGUCUGUGUUACAGACUUUCAUUUUGUUGAUACGUAUAAGAGCACAUUAAUUGUGAUUAAUUGAUGAGGUGUGGUGGCGAUGAAGGCUUAAAGAUAAGCUUUAGAUGACUGAUGUGAAUGUGCUUUGUUGGAUUUCAAUGAAAAAUAUUUCAAUGCCCAGAGGGAUGCCUUUGGAACGAGCCCCCCCCCCCCCCUGUUCAUGAUGGACUCUCUAUACUAACACACUUCCACUGAUCCCACAUACCAACUGUAUGAAAAUAUUGACUGGUAUGACAUGUUUGCAGCCAUUAUUGUUGCUUUGGAUUGUCAUUGAACAAGGAUUAGAUUGUGUGUGUUCAUUUUGUCAGAUGCUGACCAAUGCCUGGUCUGUGAUCUAUGCAAGGGUAUUUAUUUUCUUAUGUCACUUUUGAGUUGAUCAUACAUUUAACUCAAUAAAUUUUUAAGGAUCUGAGUCCUGUCAAAGCCA